CUGUGAGAUGUAUGUCUCUGUGGAGGAGUUGUGUAACUCCUCAUGCUUGUCUGCACUGCCUGUGCUAUCUGCCAGACUGGCUCCAAAUGGACAGCUGGUGCUCAGGAUCAAAGUGAUGGAUGAAAGCAGGAUCUGGAGCAGGAAUAUCAUGAAUGUCCUGGGGCCUGACAGUCAUAUCAGCAGCUUCGGAAAGAUCCAUUUUGUCCAGUUUUCUCCAGAUGGAGUGUUUGGUUGGAUUUUAAAGGACCCUGUGCUUAUUGACAUCUUUUUGUCUGAGCCAUUUGAAAUUCUGGAUGGACAUCCAAGGAAGCGAAGACACACCCAUGAGCUAGGAUUACUGAUCUCAGGGCCUCUCCCUCGCAUUCCCAACCCCAUAGCCUGCCUUUCCACCAAUGACAUGCUCAUCUUUCAGCUCACCAUCAACUACACAGACCGUCUCCUCAGCCACUUUCCAGUCUAUCAAAAGAACCAUUUGUUCAGCAGUAACCCUACCUGGGACUUUGGUGCAUUCAGACAACUGGAAAGCCUUGUCAAACAUUCCCGAUUUAAUUCCACCAGAUUUGCACAUGCAUUCAUGGAGCCAGGGAAGUAUGUGUUCCUGGACAAUGCAGUGCCAGAUUGGAGCCUGAUAGUUGUGGUGAAAGAGGAGGGCACUGAGUGUGAUCCUACUGCAGCUGCCUUCCAGCCCACCUCUCCAGCACAGCUGGUGCGACAUGGGAUUGUCAAACAACAGCGACUCAACCUGUUGCCUGACUGGGGUACCAUUGGAGGGGUCUUGGUGCUGAUGGUGUUACUAGUAGUCGUGUUGACUCUGACUGCCCUGCUUCUGAGACCAAAUCAUGCCAACCUCAUUGCUAAAGGCAGACCAAAGCCUAAAUGGCGCAGCUUGGGAGAACCUACUGUUCCUGUAGCGUAUGUUUACAAUGAAGAGUGUAUAGAUAGCGCUCUACUGGGACUCAGGGGAGUCGGUGAGGGUGCGGAAGAAGAAGAACCUGCUGUGUGCAAAGGAUUCAAGAAUAUAUUCAUGGAGCUGGAAGGAUUCAAUGUCAAAACACUGUAUGACAAAUUAGAGGACCAGAAUUUGCAUCUGGCAUCACAGCUGGCUAAGCACCGCAAAGAUACACAGGAGUUCUACAGGAAUAUCUGUCAGCAGACUGAUAUACUGCGGGAUGUUUUGGAGAACAUGGAGCCCUCAAAACUGAUCCAGUGGAAGAAGAUUAUAGAUAGUAAGGCGCAAGCCAAGAAGGAAUCAAUUUAUGUGGAGUCAUCGAUGGGCUUGAUGGAGGCUGUGCUGAAGUCUUUAGAGGCCGUGUUGUUUAGAUUGAAUGGAGAGGCCUGGCAGCAACAGCACCAGCACAGAGACAGCAGAGAGAGUGAAAUCCACAUCAGAAACACCCAGAUUUCUUCAACUGACAUGAGUGAACUGAAAGCACGGCCGGAUACAGAAGCAGCUUCUUCUGGCCAGGGUGGGAGGAAAUAUCUCUCAGUGCCCCCUUUGAGCACAGUACCCUGUGUGAGUGAAGAGGAUCUGGCCAAGCUGAUGGCGCUCACACCUCUCACCAGAACUCUGCAGGACAUACAGCAGUCUCUGCAGGAACUCAGCCAAAGGCCCAGAGCACAGGAAGAUAAGAGUACUCCUUCGGCAAUUCCCGACGACCCAGCAGAAUGGGCAUCAGCAAAGUUGAUCCCUGUUGCCCUUGAUAACCUCUCUCCAAGGUGCUUUGCAGUGUUCCUGUUUGGCUGCCAUGUUGUACAGCUGCUGAGCCGAGUCUGCUCGUUCCCUCCUGUCAUGCUGCUACUGGCUAAGACUCUUCCAGUCACGUGCACUGAUACUCUGUUGGUUUACUGCUACAAAGAGUUUUACUACGACACAGCCAACCAGAUCCUGUAUAUCCUUGAGAGCAAGCUUCAAAAUGCUGGCCAAUUUGUCUCAGUUCUCUUACACUCCAUGGCCUACAUUAGCUCAGGCUCUGCAUCUCGAGACUUCAUGGGUGCUCUCCACUCAGCGAUAUCUGCCCUAAGUAUGCAGUUAUUCCAGCUCACCUUCACUCAGGAGCAGCUGGAAUGCAAGAUUAAGGAAGAGAUUCCACAUGUUGCCUUUGGAACAAUAGCGGAGGACUUCCUCAGUGUUAAAAUUCCACCAGAAACUCAGUUCUCCCAGAAUCUGUUGGCAGAAAGAUUGCAGAAGUAUAAGUACUUCAAACUGGAGCAUUUCCUUUGUGAACAAAACCCCCCUCCAGCAAACAGAUCCGCAGAACAUCCUGGUCAAAUGAGCUGUAAAGGUCUAGAGAAGGAGCAAGCAUCGAUGUUAAAGUGUCAGCAGGACACAGUAGAGCAGAGAUUGAAGGAGAUGAGAGACAGGCUGUCUAACUCUAGUGCAGCACAGAGAACUGUGUGUCAGGAAGAAAGCCCAUCCCAAACUACAGAACAAACACAUCCAGACAGCCAGUCCAUGAGCGAACACACAAUCAAGCCAGGUGACAACCAGGGAGAGGUCACUGAGCAGUUCCCCAGAAAUAAACAACACAGCAAACACAUGGAUGAAGCUUCUGGGGAAAAGGACAUGAUGGCUUAAAGUGGUUUUGUAUUAAAAAAACAAAACAAAAAAAAACAAACAAACAAACAAAAAAAAACAGUAACUACAGUACUACAGUGUUACAUAUUCUAGAUUGUUAUGUUGACUUAAUUUUCUAUAUUACUUUCUAUCUCUAUUCUGAAAUUUCAAAACGAUUAGCUGUAAAUACAUUUUUACUGUAAUGCCAUAAACACUCAGUCAUACAGUUAUCUAUUUUAUCAGAAACAAUCUGAGUGAAUAGUAGAAUAUUAGAAUAUUGACAUAAAUUUCAGAAUUCUCUAGUAUUUGGUAUGUUCCCUAUUGCUUCUCAAGCUCUUAUGCACUCAAGCUGUCAUAGACUCCAGAAGCUUGUGUAAAACCGGAUGAUCCGGAUGAUGUGCUUUAAUGUAAAGAAUUUAAACUCAGAGGGGAAUUAACAUGAUCAAUAUCACAAAUUUACUUAAGUUAAAAAGUGGCCUAGAAAUUUAACAGUUGCUUUGUUUGAAAUUGUUCCCCCCAAAUUCUAAAUUUCCAGUUUUAAAUGAAAAUAAAUAAAUAAAUAAAUCUCAGGGUUUCAACUUUGGUCUCAGACGUUUGGACCCCACUGUACUGUAUAUGUGGUGGCAUUGGAAAAAUCUUGACCUGGUGAAUUUUGGACAUUUUCUACUACAUAUAAUUCUAAAAACUAUAGCGUUUCCUGAACUAUGUUUCUCUUUUGCACGUUGUCAAGGUUUUUUACCAUCUGGUUACCUUCAAAACUGAAAAGGGAGAAAAUAACUUUUAAAGAUUGCAUUUGAGUGAGUGCAGGUACAUCAAGGACAUCUUCCACAGCUGAAAUCUGAUUUCACUAGAGUAUAUAAUUGUGCAUCUUUUUUUGCGCAGUUCAGUGUUUUCACAAUAAUCGUCACACUGUUGUCAUCACUAGCUCUACAUUGGUUUUUUGUACUGUAUUACUCAAUUUGCACAUUUCAUUCCACAUGCAGUUUGACUUGUGUAUUUCCUUUUCUUCCAACUCCGUGAACUCUCUCCCUAUGUUGUGGUUAUGCAUGAUGUCUGUUCAUUUGUUUAUGCACUUUAUUUUAACUGUACGGUCGCUGCCACUGUAGCACAAGCAUUGUAUUGUUUCUUCUGUACUCUGUAUUCUGGAAACAUUUGAAAAUAAAGUGAACUUAAGCUUUAA